AGCAAGUUUUUUUCUAUAGUAUUGUUUUCAUUAGUUGUGGUGAGAAAUCAGUACUAUGAGAAUGAAAAAGGCGGCAGCAGUACUUUUCAUUGUUAUGAUUCAGAUGACAACCACCAUGCCAUUGAUAAUUUCGUGGACUCCUCCUCCUCCUACUUCUGCAGCGAAAUGCCCACUUGACGCUUUGAAGCUGGGAGCCUUUGUUGAUGUGCUCAGUGGCCUUGUGCACGUGGGUAUUGGAGAUCCCGUAGUAAACCAAUGCUGCCCAGUUAUUCAAGGAAUUUUGGAAUUAGAGGCAGCACUGUGUUUAUGCUCAACCAUUAGAGCCAACCUUCUCAACCUUAAUAUCCUUCUUCCAAUAGCACUCGAGCUUAUUGUAGCCUGUGGAGGGACUGUUCCCCCAGGCUUCAAAUGCCCUGCUCAGUAACAUACUAAUUCCUACCUAUUCUAUGUUCUUAGUUUUGGAUUUCAGCGUGUGUUAGCUGAAUAAAAACGUUUGAAGGAUGACGCUCUGCAACAGAAUGUUGACCUCCUUAUAUUUGAGGUUCGUGAAGAAUCAUUUAACUAAAUGGUUAAAUGCUUUUGAUUGUACUUCUUAUUAUUGUUGAAUGAAGUUGUGACGUAGUAACUAUUCGCCCAGGCUUGUCUAAUGGGACAACUUUCAUGUAUUCUGGUCUUUGUUUUCGUUAAGUUUCAUGAUAAUAUAUAUAUUACUUAUAGAACUUCCUAUUAGAUGGUUGAAUGAUAUAUAUAUAUAUAGUUUUUGUUUCGAAAUA